AUGGCGGGUUCAGUUCAUUCAGCCAACUUUGACAGCGAGCGACCUCCCAACCACGAUGCACGGAACCAACAUUCUGAUUCAGAUCCGGCCUUCAUUGCUCUCUCUAGCCCGCCAGCUUACCCUGCCUCGGCACGCACGAGAAGUAGGCACAGCGACUCCGUCUCGGGUCCGGCCAUGGCUACUAUUAAGCUUCCUCUCUCCUCUCUCUCCCUCCUCCUCCUCGUGCUUCUCCUCUCAGCUGCGUGGAUGCCGCCCAAGGCGAGCGCUCAACCGAGGACUUGCUCCAUCGAGCUGGACCCGACCGGGUGCAAUCCCCGGGAUUGCGUCGCCAGGUGCGCCAGCCAGUACCGCGGGCUCGGCGAAUGCGCUCAUCAGGAGUAUGUGAGCCACUUCCACUGCGUUUGCCUCUACGCUUGCCUUUGAAAUGGCUCCUUCCGUUUCUCCGUCUCUCUCUCUCUGUCUCUCUCGCUCCCUCCCCCCUCUCCCCCUAGUCUCCACGAAGCCAUCAAUCAUCGAGAGAGACCGAGGAAUCAAAUAAACCCAUUGGGAA